UUGAAUGAGGCUAAUGAGCAAAUAACACAAUUUAAAACAUAUAUAGAUAACUUUAAAGCCUCCCAGACUCAAAGCCUGUUCUCUGAGCUUGUGCAAUGUGAUACUUCAAGAAUGUUACAGCAAUCUGCAACAAUAGACUUGACUGGUGACGACUCUUCCACUUCAGGAAACACAGUAAGGAUUAAUUGCAGUAAAACCGAAUUGAAGAAGUAUAUAAAAGUUAAUAAAUACAUAAGGAAAGUACAAAAAUUAAUAAGAAAUAAGAUUAAUACCAAAAAUUAUGUUAAUGUAUGUAAAGAAAAGCAAGCAUUGUUAUAUGAACUUAAGUUGUAUUCAAUUGAGGUGGAUAACAUAAAAAAAUGUUAUGAGACUGAAGUAGAGUGCCUUAAAUCAGAAAUAUUAUCACUUAUGAACUCCCUUCAAACUAUGUCCAAUAAAUAUAAAUCAGCCCAAAAUGAAAUAAAAGAACACAUAUUGGCUAUGGAUAAUCUGGUAAAGACUUGUAAAUAUAAUGAGGAGCGGUUUGACUCCUUAGUUAAAUAUCAAUUUACUGCUAAUCCUAUCCCAGUUGAAUUAGGCGGAUUUGAAAGUUUGAUUUUAAAAUUUUGUGGUGGUGCAAUAACGUCUGUGAAAAAACUAAGAGAUGACAUUAGAUCCUUUUUUUCAUCAUCUACAUGUAAAAUCGAAGAAAAAAGGCAAUGGCUGAAAAAAAUGAUAUCAAAAUUUUUUAGUGACUCGACUGGAACUGUCAUGAAACAUCUUCCUAUAGGUAAAAAAGGAUCAAAUAAUAAAAUAUCAGGUAAUUCAUCAAUUCUAACAACAACUUCAACAACAGCUUCAACAACAACUUCAAGAACAACUUCAAGAACAACUUCAAGAACAACUUCAAGAACAACUUCAAGAACAACUUCAACAGCAACUUCAACAACAACUUCUACAACAACUUCAACAUCAACUUCAACAACAACUUCAACAACAACUUCAACAACAACUUCAACAACAACUUCAACAACAACUUCAACAACAACUUCAACACCAACUUCAAUGCCAAAGAACCAGGUUCGACGAUCAGGACAUAUUGGGACGUUUGACAAUUCAUUAUCAUCUGACAUGAUAAAUCUUCACGGUUUCGUAGCUGAAGUACAUAACGUUGUAACACCUGAUGGAUAUACAUUAACUCUUCAUAGAAUACCAGGACGAAUUGAGCCUAAAGUACGAAAUAAAAAUAGAACAAUAAUUCUACAUCAUGGUUUAUUGGGUAGCUCUAUGGAUUGGAUUUUACUGGGCCCUAAUCGUUCGCUUGCUUAUUUGUUGUCCGAUGCUGGUUAUGACGUGUGGUUAGCUAAUGCCAGAGGAAACAAAUAUUCAAAAACUCACGUAACUAAAAGUGUACGCUCGUCAGAAUAUUGGGAUUUUUCUUGGCAUGAAAUUGGAUUAUAUGAUUUAUCAUCUGUAAUAGAUUACGUGAAGGAAAAUACAUUGGGAAAAAGUCAAAUAUAUUUUGUAGCUCAUUCAAUGGGUGCUGCUGCUCUGACAGUUCUUCUAUCGAAAUCACCCCAAUAUAAUACAGUUCUAAAUGUAGUAAUAUUACUGGCACCACUUGUAUUUAUGCAACAAGCCAAAGGUCCCUUUCGUAUAAUCUCGGAAUUUCAAAGUUUCGAUUAUAAUGCAACAUUGAAGAUUUUAGGCGAAAAUCAAUUCAUGCCGUCAGAAAAAUUCAUAGACGUGUUAUCAAAGAAAUUUUGCAUAGGUGAUGUAAAAUUGUGUGAGAACCCUUUACUUCUACUCUCAGACGGUGGUAAAGCAAUACCUGACAGUAAACGUAUGGAAAAUAUUUUGGCACAUGUGCCAGCUGGAGGUUCUACUAAAACAAUAAUGCAUUUUGGCCAGUUGAUAAACAGUGGUACAUUUGAAAUGUUUGAUGGCGGCUCGACAAUGAAUAUUAAAAAAUAUGGCAUUGCAUCUCCACCGAAAUAUCACUUAAGAGAAGUUAAAUUACCGGUCGCACUUUUCAGUUCGCACGAUGACUGGUUAUCUACAGUACCUGACAUCACUAAGUUUUUAUCUUACAUUCCAAAUCCGGUCGUCCACCACAUUGUGCAAAAGAAGUCUAAAGAAUUCAGUCACUUUGAUUUUGUAUGGGGCGAGGAAGCUCCUGAAUUGGUCUAUAAACACAUUUUUGAUAUCUUGGAUCAAUUUUAA